AUGCGAAAAAACCAUCAGAAGNUGCAGUUCCACGAUUGCUUCGUGCGCGGUUGCGACGCGUCGUUGCUCUUGGACGGGCCGACGAGCGAGAAAACCGCAUUCCCGAACCUGACGGUGUUCGGCUACGACCUCAUCGAUCAAAUAAAGGCGGCCUUGGAGUCGGCCUGCCCCGGCGUGGUCUCGUGCGCCGAUAUCAUCAUCGCUGCAACCAGGGACGCCGUCGUAUUGGCUGGGGGCCAAAAGUAUGAGGUGCAACUAGGAAGGAGGGAUGGGACGGUGUCGCAAGCUUCACUAGUCAAUCUCCCGGCUCCCGAGAUUUCCGUUGCCGCUGCAAUCCAAUUCUACGCUCAGAGAGGGUUCGGUACCCGUGACAUGGUUCUUCUACUAGGUGCUCACACGGUGGGAGUCACUCACUGCUCCAUCGUCAACAGCCGUCUCUAUAACUGGAACGGGUCGGGCAAGCCGGACCCGAACAUGGACCCGUUCUACGUGAUGGUACUCCAGAACGUGGCGUGCCCCAUUGGCCAGACCUUCGACAACUUCGUCUUCCUCGACGACCCGUCCAGCGUCCUCAAAGUCGACAACAGCUACUACAACCAGCUCCUCAGGAAGAGAGGGAUCCUCCCCAUUGAUCAGGCCCUAGCGUUGGACCCCACCACUAAGCCCAUAGUCCAACAAUUGGCCGGUAACAAUGGACUCUUCCUCACCCAAUUUGGUCAGGCCCUGGUCAAAAUGGGUGCGUUCCAGGUCCUAACCGGAACCCAGGGGCAAAUACGGAAAAACUGCCGCAGAGUGAACUGAGAACCCUCUUCUUUAUCCCCGCAUAAUCCUUAGCCCACGAAGCCCGUUUUGGUCUUUUAUCUUUCUCACCCUUUCGUAAUUUUCUCUACCUUUCUCGUUGGUUUGAUGUUGGGUGCAUUACUCUUGAUCUAUUGUUUCGUUCAUUUAGUUGUUUAAGUGAGAAAUGUUUGUGGGGGCCUACAAAUACUGGUGAAAAUAAUUACGUAAAUUGUUAAUUGCUGGCGAGAGAGUUAACGACCAGCAAUGUUAAUUUGUGAUUAAUAUCUAUUUCGCAGUGUACGAUUUAGUCGAUUCAAUAAGAAAGGAGAACGUUUUAAUUAUUAAUUUGGGUAUAUUCGACAGAGAAUUCACUUCAAUGUUGCUUCCAUUUUUAAUUCCACACCUUUUCAGAUACAAAGUGUCUUUUGUACUGCUAAUGACAGCUUAUAUGGAGCAAUUACAGUUCGUAAUG